AAGCUCUGUGUGUGGUAAAUGAAUAAGGUGACUGAUUGUUUCCUUAAUCUUGCAGUGGGGAAGAAGGGACGAAGAGACAGUUCCACACAACGCUGCCUCUGCAAAGUUCAUGAAACUGUUUAACUGGGGAGCAAAUGUCAGCAUGACUAGGGUCUAAGGAAGGACUUCUGUGUUCCUACCAAUUGUUUGCAGCUGCAGAGGAGGUGUACAAGGACAGCAGGGACAUUUUGAGCUACCAUGGAUAUCCCCACUGAUUUAGUGCCAUCCUCCAUGAUGUCCCAGCCUGAAGUCAUUGAGUCUACAGCCAUGAGUGAACCACAGUGCUACUACAAUGAAACCAUUGCCUUCUUUUAUAAUCGAAGUGGAAAAUAUCUAGCCACUGAAUGGAAUACUGUCAGCAAGCUUGUAAUGGGACUGGGGAUUACAGUCUGCAUCUUCAUAAUGCUGGCCAACCUCUUGGUUAUGGUGGCUAUUUAUGUCAACCGCCGAUUCCACUUCCCUAUUUAUUACUUAAUGGCCAACUUAGCUGCCGCUGACUUUUUUGCAGGACUGGCCUACUUUUACUUAAUGUUCAACACAGGACCCAACACUAGAAGAUUGACUGUAAGCACCUGGCUUCUUCGUCAAGGUCUUAUUGACACUAGCUUGACAGCCUCUGUAGCCAAUUUGUUGGCCAUUGCUAUUGAGCGGCACAUUACCGUUUUCCGAAUGCAGCUACACACUCGGAUGAGCAACCGGCGCGUGGUGGUGGUAAUUGUUGUUAUCUGGACAAUGGCCAUUGUCAUGGGUGCCAUACCAAGCGUUGGAUGGAACUGUAUUUGUGAUAUCACUCACUGCUCCAACAUGGCACCGCUCUACAGUGACUCCUACCUGGUCUUCUGGGCUAUUUUCAACCUGGUCACCUUUGUGGUCAUGGUGGUCCUAUAUGCUCAUAUCUUUGGGUAUGUCCGCCAAAGGACUAUGAGAAUGUCCAGACACAGUUCUGGACCCCGCAGGAAUAGGGACACCAUGAUGAGCCUCCUGAAGACUGUCGUCAUUGUGCUUGGUGCUUUCAUUAUCUGCUGGACCCCAGGAUUAGUCUUGCUGCUCCUUGACGUUUGCUGUCCCCAGUGCAACGUCCUGGCAUAUGAAAAAUUCUUCCUGCUCCUGGCAGAGUUCAACUCCGCCAUGAACCCCAUCAUCUACUCCUACCGGGACAAGGAGAUGAGCGCGACCUUCAAGCAGAUCCUCUGCUGCCAGCGCAGUGAGAAUGCCAAUGGCCCCACUGAAGGCUCAGACCGCUCAGCAUCCUCCCUCAACCACACCAUCUUGGCGGGCGUCCACAGCAACGACCACUCAGUGGUGUAAAACCACAGACAGCCACAUGGCCGAUGAAGAGCAGCGGGGGAUGAUGUGGAGCGGAAUGGAUGCACAGCCUGGGG